CUCAGUUUAAAAUAAAUGUGUUCAAUUUCUAAAUGGAGUAAAGCCCCAUUUUACAUUAUACAAUUGUAUGGAUCUCACAUAGUUUGUUUUCCACUAAAAAUGGCAAACAAAUCUAAACCAUCAAGUCAUACUAUCGAUUCAGAUAGUGAAGAAUUUGACUGUGAUAUGCGUAGAAUACCACAAGAACAUCUACCAACUUUUCGCCGUUUAGCUGAAGUUAAUGGCAAAAUCAACCGCAUGAAAAGACGGCAAUUAAUGGAUACAAUGAAAAAAAAAAAUCUCAAUAUUGAAGGUGAUAUAGAUGUAUUAAAAAAACGACUGAAAAACCAUUACAGAAUGCAAGCACUCAUAAAAGCAAAAAUAUGUGAAUCUGAAUCAACAUACUUUCCAUAUUUUGUAAUAAUUGAUAUAGAAGCAACUUGUACCGAAAAUAAUCCUCCUGAUUAUAAAUUUGAAAUAAUAGAAUUUCCAGCGGUUUUAGUUGAUGCAAAAAAACGUAAAAUAAUUGAUCAUUUUCAAGCUUUUGUAAAACCUACUAUUAAUCCAAAACUUUCUGAGUUUUGCAUGCGACUAACUGGAAUUACACAAAAACAAGUUGAUUCAGCUGAUCCGUUCCCAGCAUGUUUAAAAAGAUUCAUUGACUGGUUAGAAAAACAUGAGCUUGGCAAUAAACAUAGAUUUUCUAUUGUAGCUGAUGGUCCCUUUGAUAUGGCAAGAUUUUUGUAUGGACAAUGUAUUAUGUCUGGAAUACCAUAUCCUAGUUUUGCAAAUAAAUGGGUUAAUAUAAGAAAAAUAUUUAGGUCAUUUUAUUUCACCAAACAAGCUAAGAAUUCCUUUUUAUGCAAUCUCAAUGGAAUGUUAACAUUUUUGGGUAUGGAAUUUGAGGGCAAUCCUCAUUGUGGAUUAGAUGACUCAUACAAUAUAGCUAGGAUAUGUUUAAGGUUGCUUGAAGAUGGUGCAUUUGUAGAUCAAAAUGAGAGGAUAAUAUCAUUGAAAAAUCCCACUCCAUUUGGAAAAGACGACCCAUUACCUGUAAGGCCUGUUCAUAAUAUUUUCUGUGAUGGAAUACAUCAUCAAACUAAUAAUUGGCGACUCAAUUCCAAAAUGAUGAACUUACAACUGGAUGAUAAAUCUUAGAACCAACCUUAAUAAAUCUAAUAAUGAAACCUUGAAUUUAUUGUUCUCUAUGUAAAUCAUUUUAAUUUAUCUAAGUUGAAGACUACUGUAUAUAUAAAUUUUUUAUAUUAUAUCAGUAUGAACUUAAAAAUACCAUAUUAAUUGUGAUCAUUUAGAAUUAAAUUUUUACUAUUUAAUGAAGUGUAAUUCAACAAAACAUAUUAUUAAAAUUAU